AUGCCCAUUAGCACCUUUACUGGCAAGUGGACGAAGCUCCUCUCAACAGAACGACUACGUCGGUCCUCACAGAUCGUCUCCGUUGUGGACCAAAAGAUAUGCAUCUUCGGCGGUGAAGUACUUCCUCGACAACCUAUUGACAACCAGAUCGAUAUUCUUCCUCUCAAUCCAGCUUCGCCAAACCUACAAACAAAGUCCUCAUCAACUGCACCAUCACCUCGUGUGGGCACCGCAUCGGCAGUCUCAAAUGGAAAACUGUACCUCUUCUCUGGCCGCGGUGGCACCGAUAUGGCACCGAUCGAGGAAAAUGGUGCGGUCUGGAGCUACGACGUUGAAAAAGCGAGCUGGGAGAAGCUGAACCCUGCCAACACGUCGAAGUCAUAUCCGCAGGCUCGAAGCUACCAUUGCGCUACGAGCGAUUCCAAUGGUUCGUUCUUUAUUCAUGCUGGAUGUCCUACGAGCGGUCGCUCGUCUGAUCUCUGGAAAUUUGACGUCUCGUCGCGCAUUUGGACACAGUUGCCCGAUGCACCAGCUCCCCCGCGAGGUGGCACUUCCAUCACAUCAGUAGGCGGCAAGCUAUACCGCAUGAAUGGCUUUGAUGGUGAGAAAGAGCAAGGCGGUCAUGUCGACAUCUUCGACCUAGCCAGCAACUCGUGGUCUACUCAGACAUUCAAACCAGAUGGCAACGACGGGCCAGAACCCCGCAGCGUGUGUACUUUACUUCCGAUCCGACUAUUUGGCAAACAGAAAUUGAUAACCAUGUUCGGCGAGCAUGAUCCUUCCUCACUCGGCCACGCGGGCGCAGGAAAGAUGUUGUCAGAUAUUUGGAUCUACGACAUCGUUGAGAAUUGGUGGACCAAGAUUGAUUCAGUAGGAGCCAAUGGCGUCCCCCAACCUCGCGGCUGGUUCGGCGCAGACGUUGCAAGAGACGAGGAAGGAAAGGAACAUAUCGUUGUUCAUGGCGGGCUCGCGGAAGAUAACUCCCGCCUCACCGAUGUCUGGCUGCUGCAUUUUUAA